AUGGCAGACGGUUCACUGGCAGACGCCGAUGACGCUCUCAGCAUCGAGGAGACCGCCUCGCGAUAUGCUCCGGACGACAAUCUGGAUACGGACCAGGACGACUUGAACGCCAGCGACUCCGAGGCCGACUCCGACACCUCGUCGGCGUGCACCACCGAUGAGGAACCAUGCUUUUCACGUCAAUUCCCUCGCGAGGUGCUCGAUCUCAUCAUCGAUGGAUUGGACCCAUCCGUUUGGCCUUCCCGCACCGACCAGUGGUGGUCUUGUACGGUCGCGUUGGAAGACAUGGCGCUCGUCAGCAAAUUCACUCGACCCCGUAGCCAAUAUCACCUCUUCCGGGAUUUGUGUAUCCCGAGCUUUGGGCACUUUGAAGUUCUUCGUGACAUAUUCCUUAUGUCGCCCCAGCUGGCGCGCCACGUCCGAGCCGUAUACAUCUACGCGAAGCCUGACCCCAAAUGCAAUCCCGACGUCACGCGGUCUUCGAUGGACACCUUGCCCUAUCUUUUUGGGAUGUUUCACGCCAUUGAGGAGCUGACAAUACUGAGCUUCUCGAAAGACCGAUAUGAAUAUAGCGAAGGCGAGGACGAUGACGACGGUGAUGACGGCGAAGAUGAGGCCAAGGAGCUUGAAUACCGCUUUAUGGAGUGCCUCUUCGAUACGUCCUUUCCCAAGUUGCAGCGCCUAACAUUCAGGAAUUGCGUCCUCCAAUCAUAUAACGACCUGGCCCGCAUUCUGUCCCGCAUGCCUUCAUUGAAGGACUUGCGGAUGUCCGGCUUCACGUGGGUUGAUUACACCGCCUACAGCCCGCAAUAUAUACCCGACCGGCACGAGCUGUGGGCUCAAUCUUCCUAUACGUUGCGGCGCUUGAAGCUUUGUGGAGAUUUCGCCCUUGCUUCACUCGAGUACGUAGCAUUGAUUACGGGCAGUAUCCACCAAAUCGAGAGGUUGGAUUGGUAUGUCGACGAUUCCUAUGAACACGAGUUUCUCUGUGCUCUGUUGGCCAAGGAGAAGGGCCUCAAGCAUCUAACAUUGACGAUGGAUCCGGAAUGGGACGACUGGGAAUAUGAAGACUACAGGACACACAGCGGUGGAGGUGUUCUGGAAGUGCUUCAGUUGAAGCAACGCAAAUCACUACGUGAUCACCAAUCACCGAAUGGAAUCUGGGCAAACCGGUUUCUCGACGCGAUCACAGCAGAGCGCAUCGAGAAGGUUGUCCUCGUCAUCAACUACAAGGAGAACGAGGUGCCCUGGUCAGGACUCGAUUGGGCGGAGGCAGACGCUCUGUUGAGCAGUUCGACGAGAUAUCCGGUCCUGAAGCAAGUCAUGGUAUGCGAUGAUUUCGUCGUGCCGGGCUUGGAACACGAUGAUUUCCACAAAGCGGGCGUGGCGGAGGACCCGAAGGAUAUUCUGGACACCCUAACUGCCGAUAUAUGGGACAGACUUCCAAAGCUCGCUGAGAGAAACCUCCUUCGUGUUGGAUCAUCCAGCGAGUGGGACGAUUGGGGCAUUGCGAAGUAG